CCUCGGGCUCGUACCACCAGUGCUACCAUUACGCGCGCUGCCACAAUCCGUGUUCAUGCGUGCCAUCCUAUCUUCUGACACAACAGGGCAGAGACACAGACACGGGGGAGUACCAGCGCCUUGUGGAGCUUUUCUGCUUUAUAUUCGUUUUUUGGCGACUGCAGUGAACUGGGACCAGUGCUGUUAUUUUCUCCAACAGGUGGAGAAGGAACCUUAAAGCUCACUGCACUCACCUUGAGUUUUGACAAGAGUGUGUGAUCUGAUCUCUCAAUGGCACUAACAGUGAACCUGAUUGGUCCUUCACCAUGGGGCUUCAGAAUAUAUGGAGGAAGAGAUUUCAAGAAGGCCAUAACUAUAUCAAAGGUCAAUGAGGGUGGGAAGGCAGAGCAGGCAGACCUGCAACCCGGUGACAUUAUUUUGGAGAUCAAUGGGGAAAACACGGCUGACAUGCUGAAUGCAGAGGCCCAGAACAAGAUCAAGAACUCCAAGACCAAUCUGCAGCUGGUGGUGGAGAGACCUGAAACUUCUGGCACUGGACAAACCAAUGGCACUCUUGAACAGCUCACUGGACGGUUCCAGGAAGUGGUAAAAGUGAAUCGAGAUGAGAACCAAAACUAUAGAGAGUACACCAUCUCCAGCCCGGUGUCACGAUCUCCAGGACCCUACUCACCAGAUCCUCCUGCCAGCCCUGAUGGAAGGAUGGAGAGGGUGACGCCAACCAUCAAUAAGAGUUUUCAGCUGUGUUCAUGGUCACCAGAGGAGAAGAGUAAGAGGCUGUCAAGACCACUGUCACAGGACUUCUCCCCAUCAGACUACAGAAAUAACUCUGUGUCCAACAGAACUCCAACACCAACAGGACGCUACUCACCCCAGAGUCCCAUUGAUCGUGAUGUACCAAUGUCCCCUCGACGCAGCAGUCCCAGUUCUGACUUUGCGAUGCAGAGGUUCGACACAGACUCGGAGGUAUACAAGAUGAUCCAGGAGAACAGGGAGUCCCGCAAUCCACCUCGUCAGUCCAACACCUUUAAAAUGCUGCAAGAGGUCCUGGAGGCUGACGAAAAAGAGGCAGCUCUGAGGUUUCCUGGAAAUCUUUCGCCAAAUGCCCCCAAAGCAACCACAUCAGCGGGAGGAGUCAGCAAAUACCACACCUGUGAGAGGUGUGAUACCAAAAUUGUCACACAGGCCGUGCGCAUCAACGACGACCGAUUCCGCCACCCAGAGUGCUACACGUGCACAGAUUGCGGUCUUAACCUGAGUAUGCGAGGUCACUUUUGGGUUGGAGAUGUGAUGUACUGUGAGAAGCACGCCAAAGAGAGGUACCAGGGGCCAGCCAGUUCCCCUCAAACCACCGUGUCCCCACACCACUGAGUCUGCCACUUCACACCUGCCUCGCUCUGGACAUAGAGGGCUGCCUGUCUGGCUCCAGUUCCACCUCAUCUGACUGAGUUUUAGACCUUGGGAAGAUGCACCGAGGUGGACACGAAUUAACAAUAUGGUCGAGGAUGCUCUUUUCUGAUCACAUUUAAGCAUACUUUGCAAUAAUAUGAUACACUUUCUUGCCUUCCUUGUAAAUGUAUGCAAAUUGGGGCUUUCUUUUUCUUUUUUAAAUUACCCAGCCUCCAUGCUGUCUUUAGGCCUUAUGAUUCACAGCUGCCAUGGACUCAAGCCACAUCACAUUAUUCUAAGGCCAGAUUUACAUAACACCAAUGCUUUAGACAGUCCCAACAGGGCUGACGCUAAGGAUCAGGAUCCUCAUUUAAAUUUCCUGCUGACACAAAGGGACCAAAAUCUAACCUACACUGCAUGCCUUUUUAAAAUUGUACUGUACACAAACAGUGCUGUGUGGGUGUGUAUGCGUGCAUGCUUUCUCAUAGGGGUGUGGCAGCUUCUGCAGGCCUUCCCUUCAUUUAUGGGUGUGUAUCUGUGUGUGAGAGGCAGAGAGAAAGAAGGGAAAGGGGGUUCACACUGUUACAAACACAGGAGUUUGCAAAUUUAGAAUCAGGCCAAAAGACCCUGAGUGUUUUUCUGUAUUUGUUUUGUAAUCUGAAUUUAUAAAUAAUGGGGGGGGGGGUUGUGUUUUUUUUUUUUUUUUUUUUUUUUUGGCUGUUUUGUUACUUUUGAGGGACUAGAGUUUCAUUUAAUAUACAAAUAUUUUUGUGAUUGAAAUGUAUUCUAUAAUAUAGAUCACUUAAAUUGCAUAAUGUAUGCACAGGACAUAUAGUGUGAAAAGAAUUGAUAAUGCUACACUUGCAGCAGUACUCAGAGAUACACUAUGAUGUUGACAUUUCAUGUGGCACUUAAUAAAAUCGCACAACCUGAAGCUUCCUCAGCGAUAAUGACUGUUUUGCAGUUGUGUGUACUAAAUGUAUAUGUGCAAAUGUUUUUCUACUUUAUUAUGGGUUCUUGAAUGUAACCAUAUCAGCCAACUUCAAACAUGUACGCUUCCCAUAUUAACACCUGAAAGAGUGUCACCAGAAGUAACACACUGUUGUCAAACUGGAGCUGCUGUUAGCAUAUAUUUUUGUAUAAUACAA